AUGAUUCCACCCUCGACAUCCACGGUCGUCGUAAAAGCGCUAAACGUUGGACAGCUAAAAUGUCUCCCUGCUUCUCUCUUCUUUACCCCAGUUGUUGAGGGUCAUGAGUUUUUCUCAGGCCCGAUUUACGCGUUUCUCAUUGAGCACCCGGUGAAGGGAAGGGUUAUGUAUGACCUUGGAUUACGCAAGGAUUCUGAGAGCCUAUCUCCCGCCGUGCAUAGGCAUAUCAGGAGUCUCGGAGGCCUUAGUGUACGGGAGGCGAUGGAAGCGUCUACGGAUGUCCUAGAGAAGCUCACGAAGGGAGGUGUAGAUCUUGGGAGCGUUAAAGCCGUCAUAUGGAGUCACACCCAUCUGGAUCAUACUGGUGACAUGUCCAAAUUCCCUCAAACCACCGAACUCGUCGUAGGACCUGGCUCGGAUCUCAGGACCUACCCAAGUGACCCCAACGCCACAUUAAUCGAGAGCGACCUCGCAUUCCUAACCAGCUACAUGCACCUCAGCGGACGAAAAGUGACCGAACUCUCCUUCUCGAAGGGAUCGCUACGCAUCGCGGAUCUUCCUGCCCUGGAUUACUUUGACGACGGAAGCUUCUACAUCCUCCAUACUCCAGGGCAUCUCGCGGGACACGUCUCUGCUCUCGCACGUGUAACGCCAACCACGUUCAUUCUCCUAGGCGGGGACUGUUGCCACCAUACGGGGGAUAUGCGGCCCGCCCCUCCUUACGAGACUCAUUUCCCACUUCCUAAACAUAUCGCCCAAGACGUUGCUCUUCUGCGCACGCCCAUGUUGCGCAUCCCAUCUCGGUCAGUGUAUCAGGACGUACCAAAGACGAACGAGACGCUCCGCAAGCUGACCAAGCUCGAUGCACAUCCAGAUGUCCUGCUCUUAAUCGCCCAUGACAGCACGGUGCCAGGAGUGAUUGAUGAAUUUCCGGCGAGUUUGAAUGCGUGGAAGGAGAAAGGCUGGAAGGACAAACUCAUGUGGGCGUUCUUGAAGAGGGAAAGCAAGGGCUUUAGAUUUGGAAAAUCGGCGAAGCUGUGA